GCCCCCUCCCGGCUCGAGUGUCCGGUGUGUUUGCGGCCCUUGCGGCUCGCGCCUUGGCGCCCGCUGCUGCCCUGCGCCCCUAACCCCGCCGUGCGUUGUGGACCAACAUGGGCCUGGAAGAGGAGCUGUUGAGGAUCGCCAAAAAGCUGGAGAAGAUGGUGUCCCGGAAGAAGACGGUGAGGCUGCAGAGUUUGCAACGCAGCCCCCGGGCCACGGAGGAAGGGGCCCUGGACCUUCUGAAGAAGCUGAACAGUUGCCAGAUGUCCAUCCAGCUGCUACAGACCACCAGGAUCGGAGUGGCAGUCAACGGAGUCCGCAAGCACUGCUCAGACAAGGAAGUGGUGUCCUUGGCCAAAGUCCUCAUUAAAAACUGGAAGCGGCUGCUGGGUGAGAGGGGGCAAGACCGAUGGGAGAUGGGGCUUCCUGCCAGCAUGUGGGAGAGGCCAUGCCUGGCUAGUGACUCCCCCAGAACCACCAAAGGAGAAAGAGAAGAAAGAGAAAAAGCGAAGAAGGAGAAAGGACUUGGCUGUUCAGACUGGAAACCAGAAGCAGGCCUUUCUCCACCAAGGAAGAAAGGAGGGGGAGAGCCCAAAACUAGGAGAGACUCUGUAGACUCCAGGUCAUCCACCACCUCCUCUCCAAAAAGGCCUUCGCUGGAAAGAUCCAACAGCAGCAAAUCUAAAGUGGAAACUCCCACGACCCCCAGCAGCCCCUCAACUCCCACCUUUGCCCCCGCUGUCUGUCUCCUGGCCCCCUGCUACCUCACCGGGGACUCUGUCCGGGACAAAUGUGUGGAGAUGCUGUCAGCAGCUCUGAAGGCAGAAGACAAUUUCAAGGACUAUGGAGUCAACUGUGACAAGCUGGCCUCAGAAAUAGAAGACCAUAUCUAUCAAGAACUCAAGAGCACAGACAUGAAGUACCGGAACCGUGUGCGCAGCCGCAUCAGCAACCUGAAGGACCCCAGGAACCCAGGCCUGAGGCGGAAUGUGCUCAGUGGGGCCAUUUCCCCAGAGCUCAUUGCCAAGAUGACAGCGGAGGAAAUGGCCAGUGAUGAGCUGAGGGAGCUGAGGAACGCCAUGACUCAAGAGGCCAUCCGUGAGCACCAGAUGGCGAAGACAGGCGGCACCACCACUGACCUCUUGCGGUGUAGCAAGUGCAAGAAGAAGAAUUGUACCUAUAACCAGGUGCAGACACGCAGUGCUGAUGAGCCCAUGACCACUUUUGUCUUAUGCAAUGAAUGUGGGAAUCGCUGGAAGUUCUGCUGACGGAACCACCCACAAGGAUGGCAGAGGAUAAGGUGAAGAAGACCCAGCAGGAAGCACAGACCACGUGACCCAGAGCAAAAAUAAAUAAAUAAAUACAAAUUCAAAUGACAGAAAA